AUCCCUCGUCUUCUCGCCCUAUUCCUCCCCCCUUCCUUCUUCAUGGCGGCAUCGUCUUCUUCCGAUACUGCGUCGUCCUCCUCUUCCUCCGACUCUUCAGGUUCGUCUCUCCGUGAGCGUCGUCACCGACGUCGUCGCCACCGAGAGAAAGACAAGGGAAGAGAUGCUCCCAAGGUCCGAAAGAAGAGCAAAUCCCAAUCGAAGCGCCGUCGUAGACAUCGCUCUUCUGAUACUUCUUCUUCAUCAUCCUCCGAUGAUUACAGCUCAUCAGCAAGUGAUCAUGAAACAAGCACUCAUAAGAAGAAAAGCAGCAGUAGACCUAAGAAGAGCAAAGAUAAAGACAAACGAAAGAGCCGCCACCAUAAACGUCACAAGCAUAAAGUUGCAGAAAAGGAUCAUGCUGAAGGAACUAGUGGCCCUGUGCAACUCUCAAAGUUUUUAGGCCGUGAUAAGGAUGACGGUGUUCGUCGCAGUGCAGUUUCUGGAAAGAAGAUACUUCUGAAGCUUGAUAAGUCGAAGGAGGAUAAGAUGGCGGAAACUAAUAGAACGGAACUGCUGAAAUUCCUGAAUGCAAGUUAUGACUGAUCGAUCUAUUAUGAAAAAACUUAAUUUGGCUAAGGUUUUCUUGUUUAAUUUUCAGUUUUAUAUCCUCAGAUUGAUGAAGUUGGUUUUAUUAUGUUUUGGGUAGUAUGUUUGUUUAUCUUAUAACUUUAUUAAGAAGCGAAUUAUAUAUUGGAUUCAUGAUUGAUUGAUUUCA